UGUUUCCCGGAAGUGAGAAGGACCGCGAUGCAUGAGUGGUCUGGCCGGGAAGAUGGCGGAGCCGGAACUUAGGGAGUGUGAGGAGAUAGAUAGUGAAGAUGCGGCUGACGAUGGAAGUGAAUUUACGCUGGAGGAGGUGCUGCGCCUCGGUGGGACUAAACAAGAUUAUAUCAUGCUUGCUACUUUGAAUGAAUCAGAAGAUCUUGUAGAUGGUGGCAAAAAAGGAGCAAUUGAUGAUUUAAACCAAGGUGAAUUGGAGGCAUUUAUCAAUUCGCUAGGUGUGAGCAAAUAUUCAAAGAGGUUCCUGGAAGAAGAAGAAGAGAAGGAAGCAGCAAUAGAACCAGAGGAAAAAUCUCCCCCAAAUGAAAAUGUCAACCAAAAGAAAGUAAACAUAACUACAGUAGGAAAAAAAGAAAAGGAAAAGAAAGGAAACAAAGGAAGCACACAGUUGAAUACUGCCAAAGAUAAGAUGAAAAAGCCAAUCCCCAUUAGCAAUGAAAACAGUGCAUUGCGGCUGGGAACAAAGAAAGCAAAGGAAGAAGAAGCUUUUCAGUUUUAUGAACGACAGGCGUUGAUGAUAAAACCAGGGGGAAAAUGGUAUGACCUAGAGUAUACUAAUGAAUUUUCUGUUGAAACUCAAAAUCAAUCUCUUGUAUCCGGAUAUAAAGCCUUGGCCCAAAAACUUUAUGAACAGGAGGCAGACCUCUACAAAAACAACAGAAAUUUCCAGAAAGGAUCAUCUUCUGCAUGGAUGAAGACAGUGGUGUCAUCAGGAACACUUGCUGACAGAAUGGCUGCCAUGACUCUUCUUAUCCAAGAUGCUCCUGUUCACUCACUUCAGUUUAUAGAGAUCCUGGUCAAUCUGAUCAAAAAGAAAGGCAGCAGAAGGCAGAGCUUAAUGGCUCUGGAUACUUUCAAAGAACUUCUCAUGACUCAUCUCUUACCAGAUAAUCGAAAACUGCAUACUUUCUCUCAACAUCCUUUUGACAAUCUGGAAAAGCUUUCAAGUGGCAACAGGGAUUCAAGAGACAGGCGUCUAAUAUUGUGGUAUUUUGAGCAUCAUCUGAAACACUGGAUAGCUGAGUUUGUGCAAGUGUUAGAAUCACUGACUCAUGAUCCCUUGGUAGCAACAAAGGGUCGUGCACUAUCCGCAGCCCACGAACUGCUCUGUAAUAAGGCAGAGCAAGAAAAGGCUUUCCUUGUUCAGUUGGUCAAUAAACUGGGAGAUCCUCAGAACAAAGUAGCCACCAAAGCAUCUUAUCUUCUUGAGACUUUGCUUCAUAAGCAUCCCAAUAUGAAAGGAGUAGUGUGUAAUGAAGUUGAGAGGCUUCUCUACAGAUCGAACAUUAGCCCCAAAGCACAAUACUAUGCAGUUUGCUUUUUGAACCAGAUAGUUCUUAGCCAUGAAGAAAGUGAGCUGGCUAAUAAACUUACAACACUCUACUUUUGUUUUUUCCAAUCUUGCAUCAAGAAGAAGGAUGUUGGGUCCAAAAUGCUUAGUGCUCUACUAACCGGAGUGAAUCGAGCAUAUCCUUAUGCUCAGACUAGCAGUGAAAAAAUAAAAGACCAGAUGGAUACUUUGUUUAAGGUUUUGCACAUUGUGAACUUCAAUACUAGUAUCCAGGCCUUGAUGUUGCUAUUUCAGGUGAUGGAUUCUAAUCAAACGGUCUCUGACCGAUAUUACAUAGCCUUAUAUAAGAAAUUGCUAGAUCCCGGAGUAGCAUUAUGUGCCAAACCAUCCAUGUUUCUCAACCUUGUCUACAAAUCUUUGAAGGCUGAUACAGUAUUGCGACGAGUGAAAGCUUUUGUGAAACGAUUACUUCAAGUCACCUGUGGACAAAUGCCACCAUUUGCCUGUGGGGCCCUAUACCUUGUGUCAGAACUUCUGAAAAUAAAACCAGGUUUAUGGGUACAGCUGCAGGAUCAUGUGGAAUCAGAUGAUGAGGAACAUUUUCAUGAUCUUGAAGAACAGGAAGAAAACCUUGUAGAUGCAGACAAACAGAUAAAAAAUGAAACUGUAGGACAGUCUACAAAACCCCAUAACCAGGCUUCAGGGGCAUCAUGGGUACAUCAGCAGAAUCUAGCAGGUGGCAAAAGCACGGGUAGCUAUGACCCAUUAUCUCGGAACCCUUCAUACUGUGAAGCUGAUAGAACAAGCUUUUGGGAACUGAAGAAGCUUUCAGAACACUUCCAUCCAUCUGUGGCUCUUUUUGCAAAAAGAAUUCUAGAGGGUAAUUACAUUGAAUAUCCAGGUGACCCUCUACAGGAUUUCACAUUAAUGAGAUUUUUGGAUCGUUUUGUUUAUAGAAAUCCCAAAGCUCACAAAGGCAAAGAGAACACCAGUAGUGUGGUAAUGCAGCCAAAGAAGAAACAGUCCAUGAAUGAUGUGAGAAACUUGGCAGUGAAUAGUAAAGAAUUCCUUUCACAAGAUGAAAGCAGAAUCCCAGUAGAUGAAGUAUUUUUCCACAGGUUUUAUAAAAAGUUAGACUUGGAGAAGGAGAAAAGGAGACCUGCGAGAGAUGAUGAAAGUGUAGAAGAUGUGGAUGAUGAUGAAUUUGAAAGAGCAUUAGACUCCUUUGAGCAAGAUAGUUAUUUUGAGGAUGUUGAGAGUGACCUUAAUUUUGCUGGUAAUAUAAAAGUCAAAAAGAAGCAGAAGAGAAACUCAAGUGAUGAAACAGAAUCAGAAGAUUCUGAGGAAGACAAUUUUGAUGACCUUGAUGAUGAGGAAGUCUCUCUGGGUAGUAUGGAUGAAGACUUUGGAGAAGAUAUUGAUGAAGAGGGAGGGACUUUCAUGGAUGUGUCAGAUGAUGAUAACACUCCAGAUGAAAAUAAAGAAGCUGCAGUCACACCUGGGAGUAAGAAUGGCAAAAGAAAAAAAGAAAUGGAUUUUGCUGGAUCAAUUAAAGGUAAUAUAGGAUCAAAGAAAAGGAAGAGAAAACUCAAAGAUACUGGUGUCACUGCUGCUGCAGAAGAAUUUGGUCACUUAUUGGAUGAAAAUAUUGGGUCCAAAUUUGACAAUAUUGGAAUGAACGCAAUGGCCAACAAAGAUAAUGCAAAUUUCAAACAGCUCAAGUGGGAGGCAGAGCGUGACAAGUGGAUUCACAAUAGAGAUGCAAAAAGUAUCAUCAGAAAGAAAAAGAAGUUCAGACACAAACCACUGAAAAACAAACAAAAAUACAAGAGCAAAAAAUAAAUGUAAAUUCUUUUGCUAUUAACUACUACCAAAUUAUUUCUACUUACUU